UGUGGUUGUUAUUUGUUUACUAACCAGCAAGGAGAAAUUAUUUAUAUUGGUAAAGCCCGUAAUCUGAAAAAUCGGAUUAGUAGUUAUUGGCAAAAGACCCCGGUUAGUGAUUAUUUCCAGCAACAAAUUCAAGACUUUAACAUUAUUUUAACCCAGAAUGUUAAGGAAGCAUUAAUUUUGGAACAAAAUCUUAUUAAAAAGCACCAGCCGCGUUUUAAUGUUUUGCUAAAAGAUAGCAAUUAUUAUCCUUACCUCGAAAUUACGACCGAGAAAAAUCCGCGUUAUAAGGUAGUGCGGAAAAUGGACCCUCAAAAAAAAAGUUCGUAUUUUGGUCCUUUUCCAGACGGCAGCAAGGCCCGUGAGAUACUACAAUUAUUAGAAAGGUUGUUUCCUUUGGCUAAAUGUAAAGGUAAUCUCGGAAAACCUUGCUUUUAUUACACUAUCGGCCAAUGUUCCGGGCAUUGUUGGCAAGUGGUUGAUAAAUCCUACUACGAAAAAACUCGGAAACAAAUUGGCCAAUUUUUUCAAGGCCAGACCCAGGAAAUUAAAAAAAAAAUCCUGGAUUCGUUACGAAAAAAUAUUAAAGAUUUAGCCUUUGAAAUCGCUCAAAAAGAGAAAAAAAUCCUCGAUAAUAUUGAUUUUUUUACUAGCAAGCAAAACGUUGAAUUCCAACAAAGCUCCGACUACGAUUUUCUGGGUAUUCAUUACUCAGAAUUGCCGGCUAGCACGGCGGGCGGCUCCGAAAACAUUAUUACGCUUUUUUUGCUUAUUUAUCGUUAUGGUAAGUUGACGAACACAGCCGAGGCAUCUUUUCCGGUCUGGGCUGACCCGGACGAGGUAAUUCAAUCUUACCUUUAUCAAUUUUACCAAAAAAACCUUCCUCCGCAGAUUUUAUAUUUGCCGAAAACAAUUAACGGCCAGGAUUUAUUGGCCGAAGAAUUGAGUUUUCGGCUGGAAAUUGCUCGGUGGGGGAAGAAAAAAGCGAUUUUGAAACUAGCUCAACAAAAUGCUUAUCAGGCUUGA